ACAAUGAAAGAGAGUUUUGCUUUUGACAACAUGGGCUAUGAGGAGAGCUUUGAAACAGCACCUUCUUCGUCUUCCCAAACACACACUGUUGCAGUCAGUGUUCAGGGCAUGACUUGCCAGUCUUGUGUGCAGUCGAUAGAAGGCCAGAUUUCCAAGGUGAAAGGUGUUGUGAGCAUUAAAGUCUCCCUUGAGCAGAACAAUGCUCUAGUAAAGUAUGUACAGUCGGAAAUAAGUCCUGAACAGAUUUGCCAGGAAAUUCAGGAGAUGGGCUUUGAUGCAAACAUAGCAGAAGAGAGAUCGACACCAGCGUCCGUAAGUGUGCCGUGCUUGCGAGAGGCAGUAAUUAAACUUCAGGUCAAAGGCAUAACAUGCCAGUCCUGUGUCAGCAGCAUCGAGGGGAAGAUUAGAAAACUGAAUGGUGUGAUAAGAAUCAAGGUGUCACUUGGUAACCAGGAAGCAAUUAUUGCUUACUAUCCUUACAUCAUUCAGCCCGAAGACCUGAAGAGCCAUAUCAGUAACCUGGGCUAUGACUGCACCAUUAAGAGUAAAUCAGCCCCUUUGAAGCUCGGUGUCCUUGAUGUAGCACGCCUGCAGAAGACGACCACCAAAAUGACACCAGCAUGUGAAGACAGCGGCAGGGUAUCGCCGGUGGCUGUCAAGAUGAGCAGCACAGCUACAGUACAAAUAGAAGGCAUGCACUGCCAGUCCUGCGUCAGAAACAUCGAAGGAAAUAUAGCGGCUCUUCCAGGCAUACAAAGUAUUAAAGUGUCUUUGGAGCACAAACAUGCUGUUGUACAAUAUAGCCCCACUUUAAUUACCCUGUCAUCUUUGCAGCAAGCUAUUGAAUCCCUUCCUCCUGGAAACUUUAAAGUAUGCCUGCUUAGCAGUUCAGAAGCAAAUAACGGAGCAUCUUCGUCACCUGCUUUGCUCUGUGAUCUCUUCAGAGAGCAGCUAGCAGAUAGGACGUGCACAGCUGUUAUUAGGAUUGAUGGAAUGACCUGUAAUUCUUGUGUACAGUCCAUAGAAGGGACGAUAUCACAGAGGAAAGGAGUGCAACAUGUAGCAGUUUCUCUAGCUGAAAGGACUGGCACCAUACAUUAUGAUUCGACUGUAACUAAUGGAGAAGAAUUAAGAGCUGCCAUAGAAGACAUGGGCUUUGAUGCAUCAGUUCUCACAGAUACCACUACUGGAGAAAACACAUAUCGGUCUGACGCCGGCAGUGCCGCAGUGCAGCCUGAAGCUCCAGAGUCUCCUCGCCAAGACUGCAGCACAGAUGCUCUUCUGGAAAGUGCUGGCCUUGACGUGUCACACCAGCCCAGCGGAAUGACAGACGAAAAGUGUUUUUUGCAAAUCACAGGCAUGACUUGUGCAUCAUGUGUAUCUACUAUUGAAAGAAAUCUGCAGAAAGAAGACGGUAUUGUUUCAGUGCUGGUAUCACUGAUGGCAGGUAAAGCAGAGAUAAAAUACAAGCCAGAGUUCCUACAGCCUCUUGAAAUAGCACAGCUGAUUCAGAAUUUGGGUUUCGAAGCUACUGUCAUAGAAGAUCACACUGAUACAGAAGGAAGUGUAGAGCUUCUUAUUACAGGGAUGACUUGUGCUUCUUGUGUUCACAACAUUGAAUCCAGACUUAUGAGAACUAACGGCAUAUUCUAUGCCUCCGUUGCACUUGCUACUUGCAAAGCUCACAUCCAGUUUGAUCCUGAAGUUACUGGACCUCGAGAUAUUAUAAAAAUAAUUGAGGAAAUUGGCUUUCAUGCUUCCUUGGCUAGAAGAGUUCCUAAUGCACAUAACUUAGAUCAUAAAAAGGAAAUACAGCAGUGGAGAAAGUCUUUCUUGUGCAGCCUCGUGUUUGGUAUUCCUGUCUUAAUCCUAAUGAUUUAUAUGCUAAUACCUGAUGGCGAGCACCACGGAUCUAUGGUGCUGGAACAGAAUCUCAUUCCUGGAUUAUCUAUUUUAAAUCUUCUCUUCUUUGUCCUGUGCACCUUUGUUCAGUUUCUCGGUGGAUGGUACUUCUACGUACAAGCUUACAAAUCACUGAAGCACAGGACAGCCAAUAUGGACGUGCUCAUUGUACUGGCCACAACUAUUGCUUAUGCAUAUUCAUGUGUGAUCCUGAUGGUAGCGAUAGCUGAAAAGGCAGAAAAAAGCCCUAUCACUUUCUUUGAUACACCUCCAAUGCUGUUUGUGUUCAUUGCCCUUGGGAGAUGGCUGGAACAUAUAGCAAAGAGUAAGACCUCAGAAGCUCUUGCUAAGCUGAUAUCUCUUCAAGCUACAGAAGCAACUGUGGUGACUCUUGGACCUGACCACUCUAUUGUCAGAGAAGAGCAGGUAGCUGUUGAAUUAGUUCAACGAGGUGAUAUCGUAAAGGUUGUUCCUGGUGGAAAGUUCCCAGUGGAUGGAAAAGUCAUUGAAGGCAAUUCUAUGGCAGAUGAAUCUCUUAUUACUGGGGAAGCCAUGCCAGUCACUAAAAAGCCUGGGAGCACAGUGAUUGCUGGUUCUAUAAAUGCACAUGGCUCCGUUCUUGUUAAUGCAACUCAUGUUGGGAAUGACACCACCCUGUCACAAAUUGUGAAAUUGGUGGAAGAAGCUCAAAUGUCAAAGGCACCCAUCCAGCAACUGGCAGAUAAGUUUAGUGGAUAUUUUGUUCCAUUUAUCAUCAUCAUUUCAACAGUGACAUUGAUAGUAUGGAUCACAAUUGGUUUUAUAAAUUUUGAUAUUAUUCAGAAAUAUUUUCCUAAUCAGAACAAACACAUUUCAAAAGCUGAAGUCGUACUGCGGUUUGCCUUUCAGACUUCAAUCACUGUGCUGAGCAUCGCGUGCCCCUGUUCUUUAGGCUUGGCUACCCCAACGGCUGUGAUGGUAGGCACAGGAGUUGCCGCGCAGAAUGGUAUUCUCAUCAAAGGUGGAAAGCCCCUGGAAACAGCACACAAGAUCAAGACUGUGAUGUUUGAUAAAACUGGCACCAUCACCUGCGGAGUUCCUAAAGUCAUGCGGGUGCUCUUGUUGGGAGAGACAGCUCUGCUGCCUCUGAAGAAGGUGCUGGCUGUGGUUGGCGCUGCAGAAGCCAGCAGCGAACAUCCUUUAGGAGUGGCAGUCACUAAAUACUGCAAAGAGGAGCUGGGCACUCAGAGCCUGGGCUACUGCACGGAUUUUCAGGCAGUCCCCGGCUGUGGGAUCAGCUGCAAGGUCGGCGGUAUUGAAGCUGUCCUGGGCACGGCCGAGGGGAGCCUCAAUAAGCAGGACACUAGCAGGAGCGGGGACGGCCGAGGUCCAUCAGCUUCUCAUACGUACUCGGUGUUGAUCGGGAAUCGCGAGUGGAUGCGGCGCAAUGGCUUGCAUAUUGCAAAUGAUGUUAACGAUGCAAUGACAGACCAUGAAACCAAAGGACAGACUGCUAUACUGGUGGCUAUAGAUGGUGCAUUGUGUGGCAUGAUCGCAAUAGCAGAUACUGUCAAGCAGGAGGCAGCCCUUGCUGUGCACACACUGAAAAACAUGGGAAUAGAUGUGGUGCUGAUAACAGGGGACAACAGAAAAACUGCAAAAGCUAUUGCUACUCAGGUUGGGAUCAAAAAAGUCUUUGCUGAGGUCCUUCCUUCUCACAAGGUUGCAAAGGUCCAGGAACUCCAAAAUGAGAGGAAGAAGGUCGCCAUGGUUGGUGAUGGAGUCAAUGAUUCCCCUGCACUAGCCAGGGCUGACAUUGGAAUUGCAAUUGGAACAGGCACUGAUGUUGCCAUAGAAGCAGCAGAUGUUGUUCUUAUCCGAAAUGACUUGCUGGAUGUAGUUGCCAGUAUUCACUUAUCAAAGAGAACAGUACGAAGAAUACGAAUAAAUCUGAUUCUUGCCUUAAUUUAUAAUCUGCUUGGAAUACCCAUAGCAGCAGGUGUCUUCAUGCCUGUUGGUCUCGUGCUUCAGCCUUGGAUGGGAUCAGCUGCAAUGGCAGCUUCCUCAGUGUCUGUAGUGCUGUCUUCCCUGCAGCUGAAAUGUUAUAAGAAACCAGAUGCAGAAAGUUAUGAAGCACAAGCUCAAGGCCGCAUGAAGCCACUUACUCCUUCCCAAAUCAGUGUUCAUAUUGGAAUGGAUGAUAGGAGGAGGGAUCCAUCCAGACCAGCUCCUUGGGAUCAGAUUAGUCAAGUGUCUCUCUCUUCGUUGACUUCAGACAAGCUGCCAAGACAUAACGGUUUUGUAGAGGAGGAAAGUGACAAGUGGUCAUUGCUCAUGAAUGAAGAUGAAGAACAGUACAUCUGA